GUCACAUCUCCCCUCACAACUUCUCAACACAACUGUCACCGCGGUUUCUCCAAAUCUUUGCUCAAGACCAGAGCCACCGGCCAUCCCCGGUGGCUAUCGAAAAGGGAUGCCGCUGGCGUUGGUCUGGGGCUACACCGCCUAUGUGAGCCCGGGCAAAGUUCCCUGGCAGAUUUCCACACUGUUGGGCGUGACCUGCGCUUGCUGCGCCGUGACGUGCGCCAUAUGCCUGAGAUGGGGCAUUCGGGAUGGUCGCAAGAGCGCCUUCAUCGUGGUGACGGAGAACCGGCCAAUGGUGCCAAUCUAUUUAGAGCUGGUGCGUACCAUUGUGAUGGUACCAGCGAUCAUGAGUUUGAUGGCGGUGUUGUGCAUUCUUCGACCAAGCACUUCCUUCACGCUUCAGCUUUUGAUGGCCAUUUUCACCUGCGUGGUGGUUGGGAACAUGACGCGAUAUUUUGUGGCCUUACUGGGUGAGCCACCCAUGCCACAGGAGCUGCUCGCGCGAGUGCCAAAGAAGCGCUGGUGGUGCGGCUCCUGCUGCGGGGGCGUCAACGACACCUGCUGGGGCUUGGGCUCUGCCUGGAGCAAGGUGCCCCAUCGCGUCACUCUGAACGAUCUUCACACGGGUAUCUCCAUGGUUCGAAUCUUUAUGAUCUUGCACAUUUGUCUCCAAUGCUUUUCACUCUCGGCCAGCAUGGUUCCCAUGAGUGUUCAGAUGCUACCCACCGGCUACUGUGAAGCCAAGACCAUGUUUUCAUCUCCCUGGAUUCUUUGGUUUGUGAUUGUCAUGACCGUCUCGGCCUCCUACGUGGGCAUGGCCGGCUUUGCGGUCAUCAAUAAUGCCAUCUCCUCAGUGCUGGACGUGGAGCUUCGCGCAGCUGACGAGGCAGCAGAGGACGAAGAGCAGAAGUUCAUUCGGCACUUCCAAGUGGCCCGGGCUUUGCCGCAAGUGCAUGAGCCUCCUUGCGGGAAACGAUUUACAAGCCUCAAAAAUAUACACUGUACAAUCCCAGAAGUGUAUUCAGUCAACAUCUGUCCCUGAUACGUGGAACCAGGUAUUCAAUCCCGGUGCUUAAAAGAUGGGUAACCCACCCCCAUGGGCCAAAGAUGCCUGUGGGUGGCUGAUCACUGGGUGGCUGAUCACCGAACAGUACUUGGAAAGAGUGUUGAUCUAUAACAGUACUUGAGCACUUGGAUCUCGAAAGAACUUACUCCUAGAUCUUUCAACUAUUCAAGAUCUUUGCCUUUUCAUCUAUACCAGCCAAGUUCGGCAUGUUACACGCUGGGCACACCAAGUCUCUGUGCAUCGUCUCAUAUCGUCUUUUCAUGAGGAUUCUGGCGAAGGGUGCGUCCGAUGAGUUGAUCGAUGUGAUCCAGGGGUGAACUCGGCUUUGCCAUGUUUUGGACUCUAAACCGCCCAACAUGCCGGUUCGACGGUCUAGGGGUUUGAAAGGGGUGAGUAGUCCGGACAGUAUAGGCAUAAUAUAUAAGCUUGUGACGCGUAAGUGCAUGGUUCCAAUUUGGUUGCCUGUCUUUUGUUCCGGUGAGGAUUGCACGAAAGUAUGAGCUUUCUCCAUGUCACUCCGGGCGUUUUCCAAACAGAUCUGAGGUAGCAUCGCAAUCCAAGAGCAUCCCUAUCUACAUGCUGCUCCCCUUGGUCGGGGCCAUCAUGGGCGCUUUCCCUGUGAGGUUCAGAGACGUGACCAUCACCAUCAACUCACACAAUGACAAGUUCCACUGCCCAGUCUUUGACCAAAAUGUUUGUGGGCAUUUGCUCUACUCGAUGUGCAUCGCACUGGGCAUGAUGUGGGUCUCGGUCUUGAAUUACCGAAGCUUCACUCCUGCUGGCAUGCCCAUCGACAAGCUUCCAGAGGUCCUUGCGCAGUUAGCCCCAGCAUCGCCCGCAGACUCCGACUCGGAUGACCCGUCGAACGAGGGCUCGGGCUCAUUGGUGAGCGAAUGAAUCUGUCUUACGGUAAUACGCACCGGAAAAAGGACUCGGAUGCUGAUAUAGAUUGGGGUCCAAAUGUGGCUUUCAAGAUGCCGGUCUGCGCAAAACGCACGAUGUUCGCUCCGAAAACCAAAGAAGUAUGCAACGCCUCGCUGGUUCUUUUCGAGUUGAACCACGCCGUGCUUCCAAGUUCCACCUCGAAGGUGGGGGAAGUGGCAUCCGAAAGGCAGACGCGUCGACCCGUUCAUUGAUGACGUGCGUUGGCAAACAUCAAUCGAAUGUCUUGGCUGAUGUAUCUCAUGCAGGCACCAAAAAUGGGGACCGCGCGUGCGGGAAGAGCUUGGAAUCUGCAUCGGGCACAAAGGCUGCAGUUUCGCAGUAGCUUCCCAAGUAUGCAGAUUCUGGAUGCCACAGAUGGUGAUGAUUGCUAUUUAAGCCCAGCCAAACCCCUCACAAGACACACUUAAG